AUGGCUUUGCGCCUACUUGGCCGCGCGCCUACUUGGGCGUGUCCCCUUCCCCAGCUCUCCCAUUUACGCUUCCAUGCAUUCGCGCAACCAAUCACCCCAACAUUUUCUUCUAUUAUUUUUUUCUUUUUUAUUCUAUUUUCUCUCUUUUUUAACACAAUCAUCAAUUUUUUUUUAUUUUUUUUCUCUAAAAAAUAUUUUCCCAAUUUUCGCCUCAUAUUAUUUUUUGCGCAUUUUCAUUUGGUGAACACUUUUUUUCCAAAAUUUUUUGCGAACGCUCUAUUAGAAAAAAAUAAAAAAAAAGUUUUGUGCAUGGGCCAGCGGGUAGCUAGCAACCAAGCAACCCCCAGCCGGUGGCCAUCUCUCUCUCUUUGUACACAACUUUUAGUAAAAUAGCUAAUUGCGCAGGAAUGGUAGAGGCAGGCACCUUUCUCUCUCUCUCUUUUAAUGGGGAGAAAGUUGUAAUGAAAAAAAGUAAAAUGAAAGUUGAAAUGAGGAAAAAGAUGAUAUGUGAUGGAAAAUAGAUGGACAGGGCAAAAAAUAAAUAAAAAUUGAGAUUAGUAUCUAAUUUAUUAAAAUUUUGGAGGAAGAGCAAUGAGCUAGCUAUCA